AUGGCACUUGAUGAUCAAGGAGUUGGGUAUUCUUCAAGUUGUUCUCGUUCAAAUAGGACACACAACUAUUACGUGUUUUUAAAUUUUCGAGGAGAAGCCACACGUAAGAGUUUUACAGACCACUUAUAUGCUGCUUUGUGUCACAAUGGACUGAUAACUUUUAGAGAUGAGGAAGAGCUUGGAAGGGGAGAAGUUAUCAAACCAAAUCCAUCUGACGUUCAGCAUCAAAAAGGAAGUUUUACAAAAGCCUUUGAAGAGCUUGAACAGAAAUUGGCACAUGACAAAGUGAAGGUGCAAAGAUGGAGGGAUGCUUUGAGAGAAGUUGCUGACUUGGCUGGCUGGAGCUCUGAAAAUUGGUAUGAAACGAAACUCAUUGAGAUAGUUACUGAAAAGGUAAGGUCAAGAAUACAUGGUCAACCACCAUUCGAUUCAAAUGAUGAAGGUGUUGAUGAUGGACUUGUUGGAAUUAACGAGAAAAUCGCAGAUUUUGAUUCAGUUCUGGCAAUACAUCAGAGGAAGUUCAAUUUAUUGGAAUAUGGGAAACGGGAGGUUUCUCAGUAUGAAAUGAAUUUCUUAAGUCACGAUGAAUCCCUUCAACUUUUUAUUCAAAUAGCUUUCAAAGGAGAUCAGCCAAAUGAAGAUUAUUUAGAGCUUUCUAGAAGGGCGAUUAAUUCUGCUCAAAACUUUCCUUUGGCAAUCAAAGUGCUUGGUUCAUUUCUUUGUGGAAGAAGCAUACCAGAAUGGGAGAAUGCACUCAAGAAGAUUCCUUUAGACCGCCUUUUUGAUAUACUUAAAGUGAGCUUUGAUGGACUGCGAUCUAAUGAGAAGAAUAUAUUCUUAGAUAUUGCUUGCUUUUUCAAUGGCUUGCGCAAGGAUGAUGUCAUACAGAUUUUAGAAAAUAGUGGUCUUGACCCAGUAAUAGGAAUAAGAAUUCUCAUUGAGAAAUCAUUGGUAAUUGAAGCUGAAGGGUGCUUGAGGGUGCAUGAUAGCCUUCAAGAAAUGGGCAAGGAAAUUGUUUUUCAUAAAUCACCCAAUGAUGCUGGCAACCGUAGUAGGAUAUGGUCCUUGGAGGAUGCUAGUCUUGUGCUUAGAAAUAUGAGGGGAACUGAAGCAAUCCGUGGUCAAACUCAAUUUGAUGAACUUGUUGAUCUUAAAAUGCAAGACAGCAAAUUAAAAGAACUUUUGAGAGGAACUGGUCAGUUUCUACAAUGUUUGAAAUUCAUUGAUUUGAGUCAUUCAACAAGCCUGAUCAGAACACCAAAUUUUGAUAAAACUCCUAAUCUUCGAAGACUAAUUCUUAAAGGGUGUACCAAGCUUAUUGAAGUUCACCAAUCUCUCGGGUGCCACAAGAAUCUUGUCAUUGUUGAUUUUAAAGGUUGCAAAAGUAUUAAGAAUCUUCCAACCGAAUUGGAGAUGAAUUGUUUAGAGACACUAGUUCUCUCUGGUUGUUCAAAAGUUAAAAGACUUCCUGAAUUUGGUGAAGGCAUGGAACAUUUAUCUGAGCUUGAUUUAGAGGGGACUGCUAUAUCUAAACUACCUCAAUCAUUGGUCAAUUUGAUUGGUCUUGCUCUAUUAGAGGAUUGCAAAAAUCUGGUUUGCUUUCCCAGAGAUUUUCAGAAGUUGGAAGCUAUAAAGAAGAUCAACAUAUCUGGUUGCGCAAAGUUUUCAAGGCUUCCAGAGAAUUUGAAUGAAAAUAAGGUAUUGGAAGUGCUUGAUAUGGGUGGUACUGCCAUAAAAGAAGUGCCUUCAUCCCUCAAUAAUUUAAAAGUAUUAUAUCUUAGCAGAUGCAAUGGUUAUGCACAAUCAUCAUCAUCAUCAUGGAAUCACUAUUGCUUCCUUCUCAAGCAGGCAUUUAGGCUUCAAAGGCCUUCAACUUCAACAAAGUUUUUGUGGUCUCCUUCUUUUUCAAGUCUAUCAUCUUUGGUCGAGUUAGAUUUAAGUUAUUGUAAUCCUGAUGAUGAAUCACUAUCCAUUGAAAUCAGCAAUUUAUCAUCAUUGAGAAUAUUAGGUUUGAGUGGAAACAAUUUUGUUGAUAUUCCUUCAGGCCUCAUUUCCAAACUUGGAAAGCUUGAAUGCAUUAUUUUCAGUUAUUGCCCAAAGCUUCAAUCUUUGCCUCAGCUACCAACAAACCUACCAAUGAUAAAAGCAAAUGAUUGUCCAUCAUUGAAACAUUGUAUAUCUCCGCAGCAACUAUGGGAAUUCAUUGAGAAUUUUGAAUGUCAGGAUGACUUCUUCAUCCAACCUACUCGCAUAUUAAUUAUUUCUGGUAGCGAAGUGCCAUCGUGGUUUCACAAUCGAAGUUAUUUUUGUGCGGAAGAUUUCUCAGUUCUCUUUUUUGGGCCAAGAAAUGUGUCAUUCAUUGCAAACAGGCCUGAUUCAUGCGGCUCAAGUAGUGAAUGGUGGGGCAUAGCCGUAUGCUUAGUGCUAGAAAAUGAUUUGCAUAGUUAUGCAAACUGUAAUGGUGCUUCUGACAUCCUUGCUUGGACUUAUAGAGUUUCAGGAAAUGAAUAUCCAGAUUCGUACCGUUUCUGUGGCACUUUUAAUCAAUCCAUAAGUCGCCAUCAACUAUUUAUCAUCUACAUUCGUUUUUCCUGCUCAUUUGUUAUGGAACAACCACUUCAAAUGGUGUUUUCUAUACAUGAGAAGUCAGUUUUUCAAAUAGGACAGUGUGGGUGGCGUGUAGUGUGUAAAGAAGAUGUUGAGAGUAGGCGAAACAUUAGUGAUGAAGGCUGUAGUUUCAGCACUGAUGAUAAGUUCAUUGAUGAUACUAGAUGA